AGUUAACAACAAACCAUUGCUCACUCACACUCUCAACUUGCAUGCGCACCGCGACGACAUCACGCCCAUGCCACCGCAGCAGCAAGACGAACUCUUGCCGUCGAUAAUGGCCGACGACGGGCCCCCCGACGCCGCCGCGACUCGUAGCAGACGACACGCCGACGUCAGCCUCAACAUCAACCUCGGCACGCCGCGCCGCCUCGUCGAGCAGUUUGGCCAGCGCGCGGCCGUGCUCGCUGGGGCCGUGCUGGGCGUGUACCUCCUCUUCCGGAUAUUCAUCUACAUGUUCUUCCCGGGCAUCCUUGUCGUGGAAGCAGUGAUGCUCAUCCUUGUCAAGCACUUUAGCAUACCUCCAACGUCGAUCCGCAAUCGCGCCAUCACAGCAGCGCUGCAGGCAUCAGUGACGCUCGUUCUGCUCGUGUCGAUCAUCAACCGGCGACCAGACCUGCCAGCGUCGACGGUGCUACUCGUUGCGUGGUUCUCGGCUGUGCUUAUCGGCCUCUUUGCCGUCGGCUCUGGACGGGGCGGCAGCUCCAUCGGCCUGGGGAACGUGAUCGAGCUGCAGCGCGACGGGGCCGAGCCGGCAGAGUACGAGCUGGCCGACACGCCAGUCGACAGCGGGGACGAGCGGGAUGAGGAGAGCGAGGUCGGCAUCGCGACGAGCCUGCAAGCGACGGCGACUUCGCCAGUCACAAGACCAAGGUCGCCAGGCAGCCUGACCCCGCCGAGCCAAUCGGCGCCGCUGCUCUCGCGCGUGUCCCUGGGCGGCAUGUCGCCGCGCCAGCAGGGCUCACCACGGCUUGGCAGCUCGCCGCGGUUAGGCUCCUCGCCUACGAUUCCCUUGUCGCCGAAGAAGAACCGGUCGAAGAGUCCGGUGCGGGGCAACGGCUUGUCAGAUUCGCGGCGUAGCGACGGAGGACACAGGCCCAGCGGGGACAAGGUCAACCUCGAUUGAUCAGGAUGGAUGGACACUGGCGGCGGCGGCGACUUGAUAGUAUGUAGGUUAUCAUGGGCUUCAUCAUGCAGCAU